ACAGGCUCAGGGCCGGCCUUUCUCGAGGGGAGCUGGAGAACGGUGUCGCUCACGCUAUGACGCGAAAAGAAGCGCGACUAUAAGGAUCGGAAGGCGGCAAAGGCUGAAGGACGCAGUCUGUGUCCCUGUGUUUGGGGAACUGAACCGAGAGAAAAAUUUUGAAAAGAUUUAUGAAAAGUGAACAGGAAAGAGCUCUAAGAAAAAACAGAAAGGCAGUGAAUGAAAAUUCUUGAUUAUGGAAAAUGUCUGGAAUGGAAACUGAAAACGGAAGUCAAGACAAAGCAAUGGAACAGGAAAACACUGAAAAGAAAAAAGAUGUAGAAAAAAAGAAACGGUCUCGAGUUAAACAAGUGCUUGCCGAUAUUGCUAAGCAAGUGGACUUUUGGUUUGGAGACGCCAAUCUUCACAAGGAUAGAUUUCUGCGAGAGCAGAUAGAAAAAUCUAGAGAUGGAUAUGUUGAUAUAUCACUUCUUGUGUCAUUUAACAAAAUGAAGAAAUUGACCACUGAUGGAAAAUUAAUUGCCAGGGCAUUGAAAAGCUCAGCUGUUGUAGAGCUGGAUUUAGAAGGCACCAGGAUCAGGAGAAAAAAGCCCCUAGGUGAAAGGCCAAAAGAUGAAGAUGAACGGACAGUCUAUGUGGAAUUACUUCCCAAAAAUGUUAAUCACAGCUGGAUCGAAAGAGUAUUUGGUAAAUGUGGCAAUGUUGUUUAUAUAAGCAUACCGCAUUAUAAGUCUACUGGAGACCCAAAGGGAUUUGCCUUUGUGGAAUUUGAAACAAAGGAACAAGCAGCAAAAGCUAUUGAGUUUCUUAACAACCCACCAGAAGAAGCACCAAGAAAACCUGGGAUAUUUCCUAAGACGGUGAAAAAUAAACCCAUUCCAGCUCUAAGAGUACCUGAGAAGAAAAAGAAAAAAAAGAAGAAAGGCCGAGUGAAGAAGGAAGACAGUGUCCAGGCCAAAGAGGCAAAUACGGACACAAGCAAUGAAAAUGUCUGUAAGCUGAAAAGGUCCAGGACGACAUCUGAGGGGUCUGAUGUAGAAAUACCUGAAGCUCAAAAGCCCCCCGCAAAGAAAAAGAAAAAACGGGAAAAAGCUGAAGCAUCCAACUUACCUGAAGUCAGAACUGGGAAGAGGAAAAGGAGCGCCUCCGCAAAUACCGAAUGCCUAGCUCCCAGAUCUAAAGUAAAAAAGACGGCUCAAAAAGAAAACAUUAAAAAAGAAGUAAAAGAAGUUUCCAAAGAAAACAAAGAUUUGGAAGUCUCUACAGAAGAGGAAAAGGAUACCGGAGAUAUCAAAGAUGGAUCUCUCUUAAAAACAAAAAGAAAACAUAAGAAAAAACAUAAAGAGAGACAUAAAAUGGGAGAAGAGGUUAUACCAUUAAGAGUAUUAUCAAAGAAUGAAUGGAUGGAUUUGAAAAAGGAGUAUUUAGCUCUGCAAAAAGCAAGCAUGGCUUCUUUAAAAAAAACAAUAUCCCAAAUAAAAUCAGAGUCAGAAAUGGAAACAGACCAUGGCGAACCUAAUAAGUCUGGAAUGAAAAAUGAAAAAACCAACAGUGAAGAAUGUCGCCCCCAGGAGGUUAAUGCGAUGGGACCACAGUUUGUGAGUGGAGUGAUUGUGAAGAUCAUUAGCACAGAGCCCCUACCUGGCAGGAAACAAGUCCGGGAUACUUUGGCAGCGAUCUCAGAAGUUGUUUAUGUUGAUUUGCUAGAAGGAGAUACAGAAUGCCAUGUAAGAUUUAAGACUCCUGAGGAUGCUCAAGCAGUUAUAAAUGCCUGUACAGAAAUCAAAAAGAAGCACAGCUGGAAACUCGAGGUCCUUUCUGGUGAUCAUGAACAGAGAUAUUGGCAGAAGAUUUUGGUAGACAGACAAGCCAAACUUAAUCAGCCUCGGGAAAAGAAAAGAGGCACUGAGAAGUUAAUUACCAAAGCUGAAAAGAUUAGACUGGCAAAGACUCAACAAGCAAGUAAACACAUUAGAUUUUCUGAAUAUGACUGAAAAAAAAAACAUGGCUUAACUCUGAAUAUUUCACUGGAUACUUGAGCUGUUAGAAAAUAAAUUUUUACUAUGGUAAUAGUCCAUAAUGAAUGUUGUUCUAAAACCUACAUAUAAUGAAAACUAUAUCUUUGUUCGUCAACUUGUAAGACUUUUUUCUAGAAACAAGUACAUUGUAUACCACAAUCUUUCAUUAAAUGCUUGUUGAAAGCAUAUGUGAUAUUGACCACAAAGUGAUUUAGUAAAUAAAUGUGUUUUGAACAUUAUUGUUUUGUUGUUUUUAUUAUUAAAAAAUACAUAAUUGCAAAAAGUUAACACUAUAUGAAUAUCUGACUUAUAAAGAACAAGUAUUUAAGUGCUUUAAUGGUGGACUCUUACUCUACUUAUUAUUUUGUAACUGGAUUUUUGCAUUUUAAAUGUACUGGAUAUCUUCGUGUCAAUUUAUACAGACAUAUAUGCAUAGUAUUUCUUUGUUUAUUCCAGUUUGCCUGUCUGAGCUUCCAUUGCUGACCGUAUCUAGUGGUUCCAUUAAAUGCUGAAUUUUAAAAAGUAUUCAGUUUGUUUUUCAUAAAUAAAGUUAACAUGCUAUGAACACAGAAAAAAAACCUAGUACUCAACAUUAGGUGGGCCUUGAGGUCUAUCAUUUUAUUCCAGAGAAUCAUACAAUUGGAGCAUUUGAAGCCUUCCCAGAAAUGAACCUACAGAACCUGUUCUUUCUAUUCAGGAUCCUGGGCAGGGAGGCACAGUUCAGGGGCUUAGCGGCCUAUUGGCCUCACUCCCUUCUGGAGUCUGCAGGUGGCACUGAAGUCUCUAUCUUGGCAGGCCCUUUUGCUCAAUAUUGUCAGGUGGUUUACAUGGUCCCAAAGCCUCAUAUGUCAGAGUUUAGGUAGGAAAUAACACAUUUCUGUAUGUACCGUAAUGGAUACCCAACAAGACACGCCACUUCUAACACACUGAAACUGUAAACACUGAUGUUUCAAGUCAUGGAUGGUGAUUUCCCCCUACCAGGGUAGCACUUUAGAUUUUACCUUCUCUUUUCGCAGCAAAACACAGCGCUGACAGAAAAUUCUAGCUCACCACACAGAUAAAAGCAGCGGAGAUAGGCCAUCUUUCUUUUUGUCCCUUCUGAAGAGGAAUGAUCUUGUUAGAGUUGAACAGAAAAGUGAGACAACCAGUGUGACAAAACAAUUGGUCAGUUCUUUAAUGAGAACCUGAUUUGCUCUGUAAACUUUCACUUGAAGCACAAUAAAAAAAGUAAAAAUAGAGUAUUAAAAAAAAAAAAAAACUGACUGAGGGAUGGGCCUCAAAGGGGAAGAGUCUCUUAUCCAA